GGACAUUAUGAAAAGUCCAAAAACAGAAACCGGAAAAAUUAGUUUGCCCGGUGAAUUCGUCGUUAAGAAAAAUGAACAUGGAGUACCAAUUAUUUAUCCUAAAGAGGUUUGUCCUGAAAACGACCCUGAGAAUCUCCUACGUGUGGUUUAUGAUCACGGUAAAAUAAUUGAAUGGGAUGAUUUUAAUACUAUUCGAGAACGUGCAGCUAAAGAAUGGUCAUGUUUACCGCGUUCCUAUGAUAACGUUAGCCCGGAACUUAAAGAGAAAAUUUCAAAAUGCCUUCAGGAGAUUAAAAGUAGAUUGGAAAUGGAAAUGGCAAUGUAA